AUGACAGCCUCAGCAUUUCCACUGAGAAAACUUCUGUGUGGGAGAUUUUGUAUACGGAAGUCAGAAUUGUUUUCUUCCUGCUCUUUCAGCCUACAGAGACAUCAACGAAAGGUUAUCAUCAUAAAUGUUUGUCCUAAGCAAAGUUACACUCGCCUCUUCAGCUCCCAGCCUUUUUCUAAAACAGAUGUAACAGUUUUUCAUAGAGAAGGACUUCCAGUCAUUGCCUUAACCCUGCCUUCGAAACAAGCCACUUGUGAGUUCCUGCUGAAGCCUCUGACUCAGAAUGUGGGUGAUCUUGCAAGGUUUAUCAAAGAGGAGGAUGGUGGGAUUGACACAGUUAGUUUCUUUACAAAAGAUGGUAGCAGAAUUGCAAAAUCCACCUCCAUUGAUGUUCUGCUGAGAUCUGAAUUUGAUAUUGACAUUAACGGCCACAACUAUCAUGUCAGCCCUCCAGCGUUAACCCCAGUAUCAAGUGAGGAUGCCUUGAACAUGACUGAUGUCAAAUUGUUGGUUAGCCAGUUGUACUCCACUAUUCACCUGGAGAACUACCAGCUAGAGAAGGAGAAGGAGCUGCAGAAAAUGCUGGAGGACUUGAAAACACAGAUUGCCCCACUAGAGGAAAAAACUCAACAGCUGUCUGGCAAAGCAGACGUGACCACCAACCGUUUGUUGUGGCUGGGUAUGGGUGCCAUGGGCUUCCAGUUUGGCAUCCUGGCAAGGCUGACCUGGUGGGAUUACUCAUGGGACGUCAUGGAACCCAUCACGUACUUCGUAACGUACGGCACAAGCUUGGCCAUGUUUGCUUACUUCCUGCUCACAAAACAGGAAUAUGUCUACCCAAAUGUGAGAGACCGGCAGUUUCUGAUGCACUUCUAUAAGCUGGCCCAGAAGGAGAAGUUUGAUGUGGACAGGUACAAUCAGCUGCUGGAAGAUAUUGCCGAAAUUGAGAGUGAUCUUCAGAGACUCCGACAUCCAUUGAAACUCCACCUGCCAAUCAGAGAAAUAGAAAAAGUGUCAAAGAAAGAAUAA